GGACCAUUUGAUACAAGUGAAGUACUUCGCCGUAUUUGGUCUGAAAUAAAUAAAUUCAUCUCUUUAAUAAACGAUGUUUAUCAUGUAGCUGAUGGACCAGAACGCCUUCUUCAGUCGAGUAGAAGUUGCUCUGCCUAAAAUUGACGAGCUAUUUGUAAAUUCGUGGUCAACAAACUUAAGUUAUGUCCUAUGCAAAGUCGAGCUAACAUCAAUGUUCUCAUCAUCACAUGCGAAUUUUAAAAUCUUGACGUAGUUCUGAACGGAAUUUGCCGUGAUUGAAAGACACAAAGAAUUAUGGAAAGCCACAAGACAACUUCGUCGAACUAUAUACUCCGCGCAAUAAAUCUCAGAGCCGAAAAUCUCGUCGUGUUGCACAAGAAACAUAAAGAUGACGCGUUUCUCGUGUUAGAAUUCAGAGGCUUAAAGAAAACCACCGAACCAUCUUCAAUUGCAGAAAAGACGGAAUGGAAAGAGGAUUUCAAAUGGGAUCUUCACUCUCAAGAAUUAAAGCACGACGAGUUUGUAAAAAUCAAAAUUUACCAGAAAGAGAGUUUUUGGAGAAAUAGAAUGCUCGGAAAAGCUAAAGUUUGUUUACAAAACCUGUUGGAACGUGAAGAAAACAAACUUCACCUGGAUAUUCCUCUUACUGAUAAUUAUGUCAAUCCUGUUGAGCCCCAGUGCAAGUUUUUGUGCGAAUUGGAAUACAUCUUUACGACACAAAAUGGUCAAGGAAAAAGCAAAAGUACCGAGAGCGAAAAGAAAGGGAAAAUGGCACCAGAAAUGACCAACGAUAACGCGAAAGUACAGGAAUUAGUUAAGAAGUCAAGAUUUUCCUUAUCAGACAAACCAAUCAAUUUUCAGAUCCGGGUUAAGAUUUUUGAAGCCCGCCAAUUGGAGGGAAACAACAUAAGCCCCGUUACUAGGGUGACUGUUGGAAACAAGAGGAGACAGACAUCUGUUCAAAAGUCGACCAACAGACCAUAUUUCAAUCAGAGUUUGAUAUAUAAUUUCGACGCCAUUAAGCCAAGCGAUCUUUUCAGCAAGCAGAUCAAAUUCGAGAUUUUCGACUCUGGAAUGAUUCGUACAGGCUCUUUGCUCGGUUAUUUCAAGUGUGAUGUUGGUUUUGUGUACGACUGGAAAGAUCACUGUCUGUUACGUAAAUGGUUGCUCCUGAUUGAGCCGAACGAUGGAGAAAGUCUUUCAAAGAAGCAAGAUGCAUCAAAAAAUGGCGAUCGUGACAGCAUAGAUGAUGAGAGAGCGCAUGCUGGCUAUCUGAAAGCAAGCGUGGUCGUCCUUCAUCCGGGUGCCACAGCUCCGUCUAUGGAAGACAUUGGUUGUGAUCUUGAUCAGGAUGAUCUAGAAACUAAUUUGAUUCGACCGCCUGGCGUUGUCCUUACGCCAGCUGUUUUUAAAGUGAAGAUUUAUCGUGCCGACGAUCUUCCUCAAAUGGAUCCUAACGUCGUUCUGAGUUUGAAGAAAGUUUUAGGAAUCAAAAGAGAACCCAAGCAUCUUGUUGACCCAUAUUGCGUCGUGUCUUUUGCUGGAGCAAAGAGAUCUACAAAAAUCUGUUACAAUUCAAGCAGUCCAACUUUUCAAGAAGUUUUAAAUGUACCUUUUCAGGCUUGCUAACGUGUAGCUCUUUAUCAUGAAAAAGCUUUGAACACCGCAGAGAAAAGAUAUUCUUUCUUACCAUUUGAAGAUUACGAAGAAAAAAUUGUAAAGAAAAAGCAAUUUUUCACUCGCACUUGCGUUUAGUUUUACUGGAAAAACGAUAAAUUUCUUUCCUAUAAAAAUGAAUAAUAGUUAGGUAGAAAAAUUUUCAAGACGCAAAAUUAAGAUGGGAUCUGUUUGUAACCCUGUAUUUGUAAGAGUUGGGACACGCAUUGUUCUCUGCAUUUUGCAAUAUAAUCUAGGUGAUUGGUUGAAUAAGGUCACGUGGGUGUCUCGCCGCCAUUUUUUGCCAAUGCGUAACUUAUGGCUAUUUUUAUACCGUGGUUAAAUUAUAAAAAUUCUUUAAAA